AAGGUACCGUGAACCGGCGGCGCACGAGUAGUUCACUUCUGUUCGGUGCGGUGUCGCGGUGAUUUUCAAGGGGACAGAAGAGAAAGAGAGAAAAACAGGGACCGGGAACGAGAGAAAAGUACACGCUCUGAACUCGCACACGCUCGAGGGUGCGAGAGAAGAGCGGACGGAAACAUUUCGGUGUGCCCCUGGACAUUCCUACCGAGCCGAUUGUUUCCCCGAGUUAGUUUUAAUCGCGAUAUACGGCCAAGGACGAGAUCCUUUCGUACAGUGACCGAGGUUCGACGAUUUAGAAUUUCACCAGGAGAUUCCGUCGCAUCCAACGGGAGAACGCGUCGUCGGACAGGAUCGUCAGGGUCGUCCAUCGUCGACGACCGUCCUGGAUAGGAAACGGAAGAAGAGCGCCGACAUGUCGGCCUUGAGCACCGGGCUCUGUCGACCCGGGAUUAUAUUCUGUCUGGCUGUUCUACUGGCAUCGCAAUCCAAUUCUGCGCCCGUAUACGACGAGUAUACCACACAAGUAGCAGAAUACGAUGGAGCCACAGCCGGAUGCUAUUACAAUUACCAGCACUACAACGAGGGUGACCGAAUAAUCACGAACGAGCCAUGUCUGAACUGCACCUGUCACAACCGGAUGCUGAUGUGCUAUCUGAGAGUCUGCCCGUUCACGAAGGCGAUCGGCCAGGACUGCACCGUUGAGAAACGUCCGGAUCAAUGCUGUCCCGUGAUUACCUGUCCGGAAGUACCGGUGCAGUUACUCACCUCGACCACUAACGCACCGGCGAUGCCCGGUUCCACUGCCCUCGGCUUCCACGAUAACUAUGGCUGCAACGUUAACGAGAGAUUCUUCGCGGACGGUGCCCAAUUGCCCGUCGAUCCACAGAAUCCUUGCGAGUUGUGCUAUUGCAUCAGGAACAGGACCACUUGCGUGAUGCAGGAGUGCACACUCCGCGUGGCUGGAUGCAGGCCAGUCUAUCAACCCGGCGUAUGUUGUCCGGUCAAAUACAAUUGCGAAUACGACGAGGAACUUUCAACGACGGUUGAACCGACGCCUGGCCUGAUAAUGACAACCACGAUGGCUCCUGGAGCGACGCCGCAGUGCUAUCACGAAGGAAAGAUUUACGAGGACGGUGAUUUGAUUUACUCGACGCAACCUUGUCAACAUUGCUACUGUUUCCGCGGUGACAUCGCGUGCGCGGUCCAAGACUGCGGAACGCCCAUGAAGACCCACGGAAAGAACUGCACCGCUGUGCCACCGCCCGAAGGGGAAUGUUGCCCGACGACCUACGAGUGUGAAGAUGACGGACAUGGUGGUGUCGUGAUGCUACCAAAAGAAGAGGAAGUGUCUACCGAGGAGCACAUCCUGGAGACCACAGCAUCGACCGUAAUGGAAGCCGAGAAGGAGGCCGCGGAACCUGAAACGACCGAAGAAUCCUUCCCAGGUUCUGACAACGUUAUUCCCGAGGAUCACAAAGCAGCAAGCAGCACCCAGGAACCUGCCGAAGCUUCAUCCGCUGCCACUGAAGAACCUAAGAAGGAGGAACUUCCAACAGAAGAAAGCGCUACUCCAGAGUCUACAACGACGCAGCAAGAAGUUUCGAAAGAAUACACGACCGAGAGCGUUGUUUCUCCUACGGAACCGGCAGUCAAGCUGACGGAACCAUCUCAGGAAGCUGAAACUGAAGCAACCGAGGCACCAGCCGUUGAAGAAAAGGGUGAAGAAGUGACUAAAAUAGCGGAAGAAGAAGCUACUCGAGCAGCCACUGAACCGUCGAUCGCUCCGGAAGUACCGGAGUCGUCUUCACCGAAAUCAGAGGUUCAACCUGAGGAAGCAACUACGAUGAAGGAAGAGAAGGAACCUAAACCGAUUACCGAAGAAGCGAUGCCGGAAGAGGGACAAACCGAGGUCACGCCAGAGAAAGAAGAACAGCCUGAACAGCCAAGUACCGAGAAACCGGAAGAAGAAACGAAGGUAACCGAAGAAGGUGUACCUAGUUUGGAGCACGAACCAAGCACGACUGAAGCUACCUUGCCCAAAGAAGAGCAACCAACUGAAAGAGCUGAGAAAUCUACAGAAGCGCCAGAGCUUCCGAGCGAGGAAAAAGAGACGUCGCCAGUUGCUGAAGCUGAAGUAACUACGGCUAAGGGUUUGGUCGAAGAACAAACGACUGAAGCGGCUAAAGAAGCGGAAACGCCUUCGCUCGUUUCAGAACCGGAACAGAAGGUAACGACGGUAGCUUCAGUUGAAGAAGAAACAGAAAAGGCUGCGACACCUGAGGAAGUAUCUUCUGAGAAACCUGCUCAGGAAAUUCCAAGCACUGAACAAGCUCCGGUUGAAGAGGAAGGAAAAGAGAAACCAUUAGAAGUUAGCCCAGAAGAGCAACAACCAACGGAAGCUGGUGUUCUUCUCGAAGAACAAGGAACUACCGAGGCUGCGGUUGAACGGAAACCAGAAAUGCCGGAACACAAAGCUCCUGAAGAAAUGCCUGCAUUGGCUCCCAAGAAAGAGGACUCGCUUAUUCCUGAAGAAGAACUCAUGCCCGCUAUGACAGAGAAGCCUCCCGUUGAAGAGGAAGAACUCCCUGAGAUUCCGGAGCAAGGACCUCCUGGUAUUCCUGUGACCGAGCGUGUGCACGAGAGCAAAGCUGAGGACCAGGAAGCGGUCACUGAAGUUCACGUGACCCAAGGUUACGUCGACAUGAAACCACCAGAAUUCCAUGUGCCAGGAAGUCUUGUUACUGAAGCACCUGAGAAAGCACCAACGACAUACCUUCCUCCAGUAGCGGAAACAACAGCAGCUCCAAAGCAACAAGAGACAACGCCUAGCGAAGAAGAAGGAAUUGAUGUAAGGAUACCAGAAGAGCCUUCCGCUACUGAAACCUCGGUACCCGAAGAACAAGAAAAAACAGAGAGUGCUCCAGCGAUGACCGAAGCUCCUCAGGUUCCAGGUGAACAGAAAGAAACGACGGAAGGUGCUCCUCAAGGUACCGAAAUUACUCCUGGUGAAGAGAUCUCAACAUCGACGCAACAGGCUCCACAGGAACAAACUGAACAAACGGAGAAACCAGGUGUACCGGAAGAAAGUACUGAAGUUUCAUCGUCCGAAGUUCCACCGUCGAAGGAAAUUGCAGAAGAGUUGCCAACGAAAGGACUCACCAUUCAAGAAUCUGGAGAAACCUCUUCCGAGGAAGUCAGUGAUUUCAGCGAAGAAGUAACUCCUGCUAAAGGUAAACCAGCUGAGGAAGAACCCGAGAAACAUGCAUCUGAAGCACCUGCACCGGAACAUCCAACGGAGCAGCCAGCUGUUGAAGAACAGACGGUAGAAACUGAGAAAGCAGUUACCGAAGGCGCUGUCUCCUCGACGGAAAUUCCACGUGUUGAAGAAGCAUCCACGGAAGUCAGUGAAGUUCCGGAAGAGAAACCUGUAACAGAAAAGGAACCGGUUAGCGAAGAAGAGAAAGAAAUUACAGCUGGUCCGGAAGAAAAGCCUGCUACUGAAGCAGCCGAAGAACAGGUGACUGAGAAACCAAGUGUCGAAGAAACUCCAGUCACAGCUAAGGUACCUGAAGCUGAGGAAGCAAGUACAGCACAAGUUCCAGUAGCUGAAGAAGGUGAAGUAAGCGAGAAGCCUGUUGUGGAAGAAGUUCCAAAAGAGGCAACUACACCGGAAGCUGAAACUUCUGCAGCACCUGAGGAACCAACUGAAGGUGAGAGACCAACAGAACGCACAACGGUUGAGGUUUAUCCAACAGUGACUGUAGAAGAAGAGCAGAAGACAGAGAAACCAGAAUCCACGGAACGACCCGCUGUUGAACAGACUGAAGGUCCAGUGACCAAAGAAUCAUCCACUGAAGCAGCACCGGAAGAACAAAAGACGGAAGAGCCUACAGGUGUGAAGGAGGAAGCUCCAACCGAAGGACCAAUGGCUGAAGUACCAUCGACUGAGGAAACAAUUACCAAAGCAGAAAAGGAAGAAACUGAAGUUCCGGUUAAGGAACAUACACCAACUCCUGGUCCCAUUUCUGAACGUAAAGAGGACGAAGGAAUAACGGAGAAGCAGCCUGAAGAACGACCAGAGGGAAUGGAAGGCGUUCAGAGGCCAUCUCUUGAAGAAGAGAAGCCUACUGAAAAGCCAAUGGAAGAGGAAGGAACAUCUGCAAUGCCUGCUUCUGAAGAGCAUGUAACUGAAGAGCCUAUUGAAGAAGGAAAGCCUGAAGAGAAAGAACCAAGUGAAGGACCUGCUGAAGAAGAAAAGGAAACUGAAAGUCCUGUUGAAGAGCAGAAACCUGCAGAGGAAGGACAGUCAACUGAGGCACCAGCUGAAGAAGAGAAACCUGUAGAGGAAGGAAAGUCAACCGAGGCACCAGCUGAAGAAGAGAAACCUGUAGAGGAAGGAAAGUCAACCGAGGCACCAGCUGAAGAAGAGAAACCUGUAGAGGAAGGAAAGUCAACCGAGGCACCAGCUGAAGAAGAGAAACCUGUAGAGGAAGGAAAGACAACCGAGGCACCAGCUGAAGAAGAGAAACCUGUAGAAGAAGGAAAGUCAACCGAGGCACCAGCUGAAGAAGAGAAACCUGUAGAGGAAGGAAAGUCAACCGAGGCACCAGCUGAAGAAGAGAAACCUGUAGAGGAAGGAAAGUCAACCGAGGCACCAGCUGAAGAAGAGAAACCUGCAGAGGAAGGAAAGUCAACCGAGGCACCAGCUGAAGAAGAGAAACCUGUAGAGGAAGGAAAGUCAACCGAGGCACCAGCUGAAGAAGAGAAACCUGUAGAGGAAGGAAAGUCAACCGAGGCACCAACUGAAGAAGAGAAACCUGUAGAGGAAGGAAAAUCAACUGAGGCACCAGCUGAAGAAGAGAAGCCAGUGGAAAAAGAGAAACCAACUGAGGAAGAACCUAUUGAGAAAGAAAAACCUGUAAAAGAGGAGAAACCAACUGAAGCUCCUGCAAUAGAAGAAAAGCCCAGUGGAGAAGAGAGGCCAACUGAGGGUCCUACUGAAGAAGAAAAACCAAGUGAGAAACCCAUGGAAGAAGGUAAACCUACUGAAGAACCUGCUGAGGAGGAAAAACCUACUGAAGGAGUUGUUGAGGAACAAAAACCAGCUGAAAAGGCUAUGGAGGAAGGAAAACCUACUGAAGAAGAAAAACCAAUUGAAGCAACUGUUGCAGAGGAAAAGCCUAAGGAAGAAAAACCCACUGAAGAAGAGAAGCCUGUGGAAGAAGUAACUGGAAAACCUGCAGAGGAAGAGAAGCCAACCGAAGAAGGAGUUCCUGAAGAGGAAGAACAAACUCAGGUACCUGCUGAAGGAGAGAAACCUUCAGCGGAAGAGAAACCAACUGAAAGGCCAAGCGAGGAACAAACACCGACAGAAGGACUUGCUGAAGAACAGAAGCCAACUGAAAAAUCUGUGGAAGAAGAGAAACCAAGUGAAGCGACACCUCCUCAGGAAAUUGUACCAGUAUCUGUAGAAGUUCCAACAGAAGGUCCAGUGACUGAAGAGAAACCAUCCGAAGGUCCAGUGGCUGAAGAGAAACCAUCCGAAGGUGCUGAGGAGAAACCAACCGAAGGUGCUGAAGAGAAACCAUCCGAAGGUGCUGAAGCUGUACCCACAGAAACUCCCAGUGCAGGAGAAGGUACUAGUACACCCGUUCCUAAGGAACAACCUGAAUUGCCAACAGAAGUUCCAAAAGAGGUACCCGAAGUUUCAACGAUCGGUGCUGAAGGAGUCUCGCCAACGGAAGAAGCUCAAACGGAGGGUGGUGUGCCACAAGAAAAAUCGACCGAAGCUCCUGCAAUCCCUGAAGAACCCACAACAGUGCCUAAAUUAGCUCCAGAACAACCUGCCGAAGAAGAGAAGGUACCCGAAGAAGUUACUGAAAAACCAGAACUCCCAGCUGAAGUAUCAUCGACACCAACAGUUCCAAGCGAAGAAACCACUGAACAAGAAGUUAAACUGCCCGAAGUAGGUGUCAGCUCUGAAGCACCUGAAGUAUCAUCCGCUCAGCCUGAAGUCUCCGAAACCACAGCACUUCCUCAAGAAACAAGAUUACCGGAAGAAGAACAGAAAGUCUCGCCUCCUGAAGAGGUAGCAACGAAAGUGACCGUACCGACUGAGGAAGCUACGCAAACUCCUCAGGAAAAGGAAACAGAAGCUCCAUCUGUAGAGGAGAAGAUAGCAGAACCAUCGACUGAGAAACCGACCAAGGAGGAAGGUCAACCAGAAACUACGCCACAUGCGGAGAUACCGAAGGUAACGACCGAACAAGUUGUCGAACAGACAACCACAGCUGAAGUUGAACAGGAAACGACGUCAGAGUAUCCGGUUCACGUACCAGCAGCGAUUCCAGGAGAAGGCAACUGUCUGGUCGAAGGACAAUCUUACAGCAAUAAUUCUGCUGUGCCUCCUGCUAAUGCCUGUCAACUCCGUUGUCAGUGCGUCAGCAGCAUCAUUCAAUGCGACCUUGUUAAGUGUCCACCGCCACCUUCUCAUCUGUCCAACUGCAUGCCCGUGUACGCGGGCAAAGACGCCUGCUGCCCUAUGUACAGCUGCGACUCGACGCCUACGGCGGGUCUGGAAUCUGGCAAUCAUAUGAUCGAACCAGAAGAAAAGGAGCAGAAGACUGUGUCACCUUCGGUCAGCGAACCUACAACGGAACCUGCCGAAGGCGUUAAGGAACCAUCGACGAGCCCAGCACCUGAAGCGCCCACACCCAGCGAAGAAACUGUUGCGCCUAGUUUGACCGAGGAGCCGCAAACGACGCCUAAAUCCGCCGAGCCUGAACACGUACAAACCACUCCCGUCGGAGAAACUGCCAAAGAAGCUGAAGAGCACACCACGCUUAGUCCAGUGUCUCCGGGGCAGGUAGAGUCUUCUAGUCAAAUUCCUGCAGAGGAGACGAAAGAACCUUCGGAAGUGCCAAGUACACCGGAGAAGGCUGAAGAAGAGCAGGUAACGAAGAUUCCAUCUACCGAACGACCAGUCGAAGCUCCUGAAGAACAGCCAUCGAGUCCAGCUGCUGGUGAAGAACAGACGAUCGUAACAACGGUAGCCAGUGAGAAAGAACAAACUACCUCUGAAAUUGAAAAGGAACUUGAAGCUUCUACCAUGAAACCAACGAGCGAACAGCCGUCCGAAGGACAGAAACCUGAAGAAGAGCAGCAACAAGCAACAGUUUCCCCUGUGGUUCCGGAAGAAGGUGUUACCAAGGCAGCCGAAGUUCCAAGUUCAUCCAUGGCACCAGAACUUACUUCAGAAGGCCAACCACCGUCGGUUACCGAAGGUCAGAAACCAUUGGAAGAAGGAAGUACCGUAGAAUCAGUUACUCAGCCUGAAGAAGAGAAAGAAAAGGAACCAACGCCGAUUGAAGAAGAACCACCUGUUCAACCUGAACAGCCGACAACAGAGGGUGGACUAUCGACUGCUGGUCAACCAAGUGAAGCGGAAACUGAAAGACCAUCCUCUCCUGCUGAAGUAGAAACAUCUACUCCAGAGCAAAAGGUCACAGAAGGUGAAGAACAGGAAGUCACCCCUGUAGAACAAGAAACUGUUAAACCUUCGUCUGCAGAAGGUGAAAUUCCCACUGAACCAACGGUAAAAGAAGCCUCUACGUUAGCUCCAGUGUCUCUUUCUGAAGAAGUAACUGUUCCGGAAGUAACUAAGGAAGAACCAACUGGUACCGAAGGAGCCACAGAAGAAACUGUGACAGAAACCAGCAAAGAAGCGGAAACAACCAAGAAACCACUUCCUGAGGAAGAACAAGGCGUGAUAACUGAAACUGAGCAACCCCCGGUACCUACGGUCGAAGCUGAAGAACAAACCAAAGAAACUCCUGCACCCGAGGGCAUGGUUAAGGCGACCACGGAAGCUGCUGAAGAGCACACCGAGCUUCCUGAAGAACCUGAAAAAUUACCCGAGGUACCAAGUUCUAGCGAAGCUGCUGAGGCUGGUACUGAACAACCAUCGGUGUCCAUCGAACCUGAAGUAACACCAGAAAAGGAAGGAGUUACAGAAGAGCAGCAAAUUACUGAAAAGGUACAUGAAGAAGGUGCACAACCCGCUGUGUCUGAAGAUAGGCAACCAGAAGUUACUCCAUCCGCGGAGGAACAAACUCCCGAAGCAGUUUCACCUGCUGAAGAAGCAACACCGUCUGUAGUUUCUGAAGGAGUUACUGAAGGAGUACCUGAAAUAACCACUCCGAAAGCAGUGUCUGAAUCUACAUUACCUGAAGAACAAACUGAACCUGCAGUGGAGAAGCAAACGGUACCUGUUGAAACGACCGAAGAAGCAGUCACGGAAGGAGUUAAGGAAGUAGAACCUACAGAACCAGAACAGCCUGUACGACCGGAAGAGCAACCGACGACUGAAAAAGUACCAAGUGCUCCAGUCGAAGGUGAAGUACCUGCAACUACAACAUCACCUAAACUCCAAGUUCCGGAACAUGCGACGGAGAAAGAGGAAGAGGUCACAGAAGCCCUCGAUGUCAGGACAGGAACGGAACCGUCAACUGAACAGGAAACUGCUGCGCCAGUAGUUGUUGAAACUCCCGAAGAACCGAAACCUGAAGAGGGAACUCAAAAACCAAGCGUAGAAGAGGGUACGUCUGUAGAACCGACCAAGAUGCCAUUAUCUGAAGCCGAAGAACAUCUUAGUUCAACCGCUUCACCAACGGUACUCGGCUCCACGCCAGUUCCUGACUUCGUUUUCCCCGAAGAUGGAAUCGAGGAACAUAAACCCGUAACAGAAGGUGUACCUGAAGAGAAAGCAACAACGGUGCCAAGCGAGAUGAGUCCAAUUCCCGAGGAACAACCAUCUGUUACCGAGAAGGAACCAGAAGAACCUGUACCAGAAGUAACGCAACAGACAGAAGCACCUUCAAUGGAAGAGGAAACAGGAAAACCACCAGCAGAAGAAGAAAAGGGAGAACCUGAAGCUCAAACAACCCCGGCAGUGGAGACUGAAAAGACGACUGAACCUGCUGUUAAGAUACCUGUCGAAGCUGCUUCAACUGAAACGCCAGAGAAAGCAGUUCCUAGUGAAGCACCAGAGCAAGAACUUCCUGGAGUGUCCGAGAAGGUGCCGGAAGAAGGUACCGAGGUACCCGUGAAAGCCACCGAAGUUCCUGAAGAGAUCGCUCCUAGCACAGAGGCUCCAGAGAAAGAACUUCCUGAAGUAUCAGAGAAACUUCCUGAAGUAACCUCUGAAGCACCUGAACAAGGCUACUCGACUGAGGCUCCCGAGAGAAUAACACCUGCUGAAGAGGUACCAGAGAAAGAGAUUCCAACUGUAGCACCAGAGAAGGCAGUUACCACCGAAGCACCGGAGAAAGAAAUUCCAACUGUAGCACCAGAAAAGGCAGUUACCACCGAAGCACCAGAGAAAGAAAUUCCAAGCGAAACUCCUGAAGAGAUUGUACCUACUGAAGCACCAGAGAAGGUCCUUCCAGAGGAAGAAGGUACUGAAGUACCAGUGAAGACCCUCCCUGAAGAGGCACAAUCUACCGAAGAAGCAGAGAAAGAAAAGCCUAUGGAGGAACCUGAAAAGAUUCCAGAAGAGGAGAAACCAACAGAAGCUGAACAACAGACGGCACAACCUGAAGAAGAAAAGACUCCACAAACUACAGAGGGUGUUCUAAUCAAAGAACAAACACCAAGCGCAACUGAAUCUCCUCAGGUUGAAGAAAAGUCGACUGUGCUUCCAAUUACUGAAGAACAGCCAGUACCAUCGCCUAGCACACCGGCUCCAGAACUUGAAGCGACCUCUCCUCGCGAAGAACAAGCUGUCACGGUAGAAUCCACGGAAACGCCGGUUGUUCCCGAAGAACAGGAAGUCUCGACGAAGGAACCUGAACCGAGCCAACCGUCGGAAGAACCGCAGCCUGCUGUUCCUCCGGAAGUUCAGCCAACUGAAGCUCCGAUCGAAUCAUCGACCGAACAGGAAGUAGAGAAACAGCCAGAAACUGAAAGAACUCCGGAAGCAGAGCAAACGGUUCAACCAUCGACGGAACUGCCCGAGGAGAAGAGUACCGUGGAACCAACGAUACCUGAAGAGCCCAAAGAGGAAGGUAUUUCGAUGAAACCUGAAGAAGGUCCACAGCCUACCGAACCGUCUGUCGAAGAACACGUCACGAAAGCUCAUCCUCUUCCAACGGAACCCAGUCUCGUGGAACCCACGGACGAAGGACAAGAACCAGAAGUAGAAGGUCAUCCAGGUCACGGAGCUACGUCACCAGAAACUGUUCCGACAACCGAGAAAGAAGAAUUGCCCGAAGGUCAGCUCACGAUUGGGGAUGAAGAACACGUUCAACCGGUUAAUCAGACCGAGGUUGCCGAAACACCUGAACAUCCUAGCGAAGGUACGAGUACCUCAGCUCCGCAGGUACCCGAAUAUCCAGAGCAACCGGUGCCUGGUGAGGAAACUCCACCCUUCCCAGGGCAAGAGGAAGAAUACCCCGACGAAGACGAUCAAGCGAUCUACGGACCGGGCACUUGCCGAUACGGUGGCAAGGUCUACGUAUCGGCUCAACAGAUACCUAGAGACGAUCCUUGCGACUUCUGCUUCUGCUUCAGAAGCGACAUUAUCUGUCUGCAACAAAGCUGUCCGCCACCGAUCUCAGGAUGUCACGAGGAGCCCAUCAGCGGUUUCUGUUGCCCGAGAUACGAGUGUCCUGUCUCGAUGGCCACGUCGAUGAACGUCACCACGACAACGACCACCACCACGACCACGUUGCCGCCUCACUUCCACGCCCACGCGUACAAGGGAGCCGCGAAACGAAGCGGCUGUCAAAUUCGCGGACAAGCGUACCGCGUUGGAGAAGUCAUUAGGUCCGCGUCGGGACCUUGUCUUCAAUGCACUUGCGGAGGGGACGGUAACAUGAAGUGUGAUCCACGAGUGUGCAGCCCGGAACCAAUGCUGAGGCAAAUGAUCGCGGCAGCCACGGCCAGAAGAAGGAGAUGAGCCAGCCAAUUCGAUCCCAGGGAUCCGACGAACAAAUUUACACGCGAGACGGAGUCUAAUGCAGGAUCAGUGUUGUAUAAAAGUGAAUUAAAAAAUAUUCUAAACUAUGUCGCGGAACACAGACUGUAAUGUGCUUCGGCGAUCACGAACUGAGUGGCCAAAACGUAAACGUUUUAUAUUAUAAUAUUAUAUUAUAUUAUGUUAUAUAUAUGAAAAAAAAAAUGCGAAAAAGAUAGAGGUAGGAAAUAGAAGGUGAGAUCGUUGAGAACGUGAAAUGGAAUGGACUCAAAAAAAUGGGAUUUAGCCUUGUAAGGAAGGGCUCGUUUUCCGGUGCCAAACGUGAUAGAGAAGGAAAGUAAGCGACGAAAGUGAUUAGUUCCACGUCUCACGCCAUUUUUUUACGAAUAAAUGAAACGAUGGUUAUGGAAGAUGAAGCAGAAGAAGAAAAGCGUUAAAAAAAAAAAAAGAUAUAUAAGUUGAUGAACGUAUGAGACUUAUGACUGUGCCUUCGUCAGUGUCGACAACAUCGGCACUACUUUCGUUCCGUGGCAGCCAAAACGGGGCCGAUUUGAGCCACGAUCAUCGUCGUUGGGGUUUUAUUCUCAGGGAAUCGUCAUUAGGACUAAAUAUGGUGAUGGGAUACAAAACGAUAAAUGACGCGUUCCGUCGACGCGGCCAAAAAAGACAAAAAAAAAAAAUAA